CUGUGAGGAUAUGGGUUGGAUCCUGGCCUCACUCAGUGGAUUAAGGAUACAGCCCUGCCACAAGCUGCAGUGUAGGUUGCAGAUGCAGUUCGGAUGCAGUAUUGCUGUGGCUGUGGUGUAGCCUGCAGCUUCAGCUCUGAUUCAACUCCUAGCCCAGGAACUUCCAUAUGCUGCGGGCGCAGCUGUAAAAUGGGGUGGGGAGGAGGAUAACUACCAGCUCAAUACAGAUGUCUCUAAACUAAAAUUAAAUGUCAAAUUAACAUUUUCAUAAUGAAACAGGAAAAACUUGAUAACUAAAAAUUAUUGUCUGCCACUAUAUACCAUUAUCUUUAGUUCACAGACAUCUCGGUUUAAAAUUUUCCUUUUCAUUAUCAUGCACAUUGUUGAUGAUUUCCUUAAAUUGAAAUGGUAUGAACUACCCAUUCCCAAAGGUUAAUAUUUUAGUAACCAUAUUGAAAGGUAGGAAACUAUUGGGACAAAAAGUAAAAGACAAGUGAGGUGAAGACUGAAGUUAUCAAAAACUUUAGAAUGAGUUUUUGAAAACUUUGGUCAUUUUAACCAUUUAUAUGAUAUUUGAAUGCAAUUGCAAGAAGUAUGAAAUUGAAAUUGAAAAGCUGAGUUUGAUAUUUGGUUAUAAAUAUGACAUUGUGGGUGUUGGAUCUUUAAAAAAUGUGUUUUUAUUAUAUGAGGAAUAUACUCCAAAAUUUAAAAAAAAUAUAUGAUUGUAGUAAAAUGAAAGGAGCAUUGGCAAGGUGUCAAGCUAAAUUUAGAAGCAGAAACAAACAGAAAACAAUAGAUAGUAACAAGGAAAAAUAUGUAUCAGGCACUGAAAAAAAAUGCACUUAAGAUAAAAUAGAGCUGGUACUGACUAUUUUAAUAGUAAUGGCUAAAAGUAAUUGAACACUUACUAGAUGCCAGGUAACAUAUUUGACACAUAUUGUUCUGUUUAUUUCAAGCAGCCUUUCUUCUCAAAUGGGAACUAAAAUCAUCCACCUUUUAGAGCUAAGGAACUAGGUUUCACAUAGGCUAAUAAAUUAUCUAUGUCACAUAUUUUGCCCUGUGUUUUCAUUCCACUUCAUAUUGUAAGCAUUUUCCAAGUCGCUAAAUUAUAAUUUGAAAACUCGAAACACACAAAAGAUAGCCGUCGAACUAUAUUAUUAUAUAAAUAGGUCACUUUGUGUGCAUCCAAUCCCUAAUUAUUGAAGACCCACCAGCAUUGGUAACUUGUUUAAACUUUACUAAAUAUAGGGAAAACACCUCAUAUAUUUUCACAUGGCAGGGCUUGAAUAAAUAUUAUCAUGCAAGUCUCAAAUGGGAAAAAACUCAGGUUAUUUAGCAUAUUUUAUUUAAAAUUUUCCCCAGAGAGUAAUCUUUCAAUUCUUUUAUCCCUUCAAUAUCAGUAUAAUGAAAUAUAAUUGAAAAUGACUCAGCUGUUUGGGAACAUCUCUUAAAUUAUCCUUUAGCAGUGGGACAUCUCCACUGAUACUGAGUUUAUCCUCACCCCUGGCAGAUUCCUCCGAUUUCAGAAAUCUCUGAUACUUUAAAGGUUAGGCUAAGUGAACACUGAUAAAAUGUAGAGGUGACAAAAUAUAGAGGUAAACCACCUCCUGUGACUCCUAAGGAAAAGACAGUGGGGGCAGUUUCUACCCAUGGUGGAGUAGGGGGGUUAUUUUCUAUUCAAUUACACCCCAUAGAACAUUUUAAAAAGAAAAGCCUUGACUCCAGAUAUCAGCCAUGUAUAAAUACUUGUGGUGUAUAAAACCAGAAGCAGCUAAUAUUUUUUAAUGGAGAUAAAAAAAGCACAUAGAAAACAAUAACAUUUAUUUUAAAUCAUAGUUUACACCAAAGUAAUUGAAUUUAAAACUAAUUAAACAAGAAAACAUCAAUUAGAUAUCUCUUCUCCCUCUUGUACAAUUACAUUGUUUUAUUGCCCAUGUUUCAUAAUUGUUGCCAAGCAGCUUUUAAAUCUUAUCAUUACUUUUGCAGAAAAGGAAACUGUGAAGUGUUAUAUGUUCUGGAAUCUAAGGUGUUUUGAUAGGUUGGCUGCUGGUGCUGAAAUUAGGUCCUUUUUACAGAUGCUCUUAGUACAUUUGAUUUUAUUAGAAAUAUUUGAGCUCAUGGUGAUCUCAUUCCUGGAAAUAAAUAAUUACAGUUGCUCAUGACUACUUUAUAUUAUAGCCAGAUCUAAACCUAGCCAAGUUACCAUGAACUCCCCUUACUGACUCGCCUGACUUCAAGCAAAAAGAAAGACAGUACCUUUAAGAACAAGCUGUUUUCAAGGGCAAAAGAUGCCAAGGUCCUAUUUAAUUGCAUCACGGAGCAGGCAGGUAUAAAAGGAAGGGGGUAUCUGUGAAAACACUAUCUCACUCUUUAAAUGAAUUCAAUUUUUGCCCAACCUUCCUUUUAUUCUUCCCGUUUUGGGAAGAUGAAUUUAGUUGAAGAGCACUGUUUUAAAAAAUAUUUCCAAGUAAAAAGAACUUUCAUAAGGAAUUAGUGCUGGAUUUGUAAUUCCAUAUGUAAUACAUAAUUCAAUGUGGAAUGUGGAAUUCUGCUGCUGGAGAACGUUUUUUUCAUUCUUCGGUGUCCUUAUUCAUGACUGCUCUUUUGAUACGUUUUUUCCUUCAUGUAGCCUAAAACUUAUAAUAACCUGAUCCCAUCCAUAAUGAUUCUGCAUCACACUUGUUAGUAUAUCGUAGAACUUUUUACCCAUUGUUCAGACUUUCAUACCCAUAAUCUCACUGAUAACGUAUAUAUGUAUCGGUCCUGAGGGAAAUUCUAAAUAUUACUUUAAACAUCUCAAGAUCAUAUAACAGAAGCUCAGAAAGAUUCAAUCUAUGCCCAGCCUUCCAAGGCUGGUAAACAAGUGAAGGGGGGCAGAAUUCUUUGUCUCCUACUACUCCUCCCCAAAGCCUUGUCCUAACAACCACACUCCCAUUGACUUCUCUUGGAAUUCCUUCAGGAUUUAUGUAAAAACACAGGAUUUAGCACUUGAAGACUAGCUUGCAUUUCUCUGUAAUGAAAUCUCUGGUGCUUUUGCUCUUAAAUUAUAUUUUAAAGUCCUCAAAGAUCAGCAUCUUUUGUGCCAGCUCUUCGCACUGAACAGUGUUUUAGUGGGCAAGGGGCAGAAGUACAAAAAUGACACUCCUUUGCCUAUAGGAAUAUAUGUAACCCUUUACAGAUAUAGAUCCUUUGCUAUUAGGUCUUCUUGCUUCCAUCUCCUUACUUUUUGUUUCCACCUCUGAUCCCUAACCUGUUUACCUGCAGUGAUUCAACUACCCGUCAGUCGUUGAGGUUUGGCGUAUGCCUGUAUGAUCCUUUUGCCUAAGAACACUCUCAACUUGAGUAUUUGGUCAGACUUUCAGACUGAGCACAACUAAGUACCUUUACUGGUCAUGCAUUUUUGAUGUUACUUAAUCGGUAAAGUUGUAGCUAUUUGGGGGGCAGAUGAGCAUUCUAAGAAAAUGACUUGACAAAAAAAAAAAAAAAAAAACUAAAAGAAUUUGCUGAACUUGUUUAGAAGUAUCCAAGUGUAUAAUAUUUGUUUUGCCUUGUUGGGAGAUAACUUAUUUGGCCCAGAACAGGUCUCUACCACCCAGAGGUAAAAUGGCCUAUCCAACCCAGCAAACCAGAAAUAAAUGAGUUGUAUUGAAAUGGGUUAAUGGUUCCAAUUCUCCACUGGUCACUAUUGGUGACACUAGGAAAAAAACAAAACAAACAAACGAACAAACAAACUUGUGUAGUUAAAUACAUGAUUGAUAUUGAAAGGUCUUUGUUAUAAUAGCCAGAAGUAUUAUUAUGACAAAUUUGGCUAGGUUUCAGAGUACCAGCAGACAGCUAGCAAGCAGAACUCAAAAAAGAUGUAGACAAUUGUGUAACAAUUGUAGUUACAUGGAAACUCCCAUAAAUAUCCAUUGAGGUGAAAAGACUAUUCUUAAAAUAGUCUUUCUGCUGAGAUGAUGCUUUUUAAUCUGUAGCCACCAUAAAGUUCUCUUUACUAAGAAGAUACUUAAUAUAAAUGACCUCUCCCCAACUCUUAAGAACCAUGAGCCCAACUUUCUCCUCUUUUAGGAAGGUACUGAGAGUAUUUGACAUCCUUGUUGUGUUAUCAUCACGUAGUCUUAUCCUUUAAAAUAUGCAAGAAUUGCUGAAGAGGUAAAGGCCAUGCCCAGUAUCCCACAUAAAGUAGGAGAUUUUGACAUGGCUAAUUAGACAUGGUCAUGAUGCUGUGAUGUACAUCUUGUAACGCCAAAAAGUUCUAUUCUUUAGGAUACUGGUUUCCAAAAGGUGUACACGCUGGGCAUCCUAUCAUUGUUGCUGACUCUAUCCCUUUGCCUCUACUCUGUUCUUCAAUCCCCUUGCAGGCACCAGGGUCAGCUCUCAAGGAAAUGAGAAAAAGGGGUGAACCCACUGACCCAGGCAUCCCAUCACUGUCUCCUGAGGCAAGAGUGGCGUUUUCUGUAAUAAGCAGAUGAGGGUGCCCAAGGAUACUGCAAGUUUGCACUAGCCUAUUCCUGGUUUCACCGAAAUAUGAGCUAAUUAUUUCACUGAGUUUUCCUGCCACACUGCCCCAUCUCUCCCUUUCUAGGCCAUUCUGGCUAGUACAGUCAGGGAUUCCAUCUGCAAUGGUCCGGGUGCUGGAGAGAUUGAUCUGCAGAGGACCGCAGCCCACACAACUGACAUCCGGAAUAUCCAAGCUCUUCAUGCUAUCCUUCUAGAAACCCCAGUGUCGCUGGUGGGGCCAAAUGGGCUUUGGGUCUCGGGGAUGAUGCAGUCUUCGCACUUAGAACCUUCUGAGGGCGCCUGGGCGUUGCAUCCUGUGGUGCGCGCUCAGGGGCCCCCUCGAGGCGGGGCCGCGCGCAGCCCGAGCUCAGCGGCCGCCGUACCCGCGUGCCGUCGAGAGUUGACUUUUCUGGCCGCCGCGGGGGCCGCGUCCGUAGCCAUGUCGCGGUUCUGUCGGCGCAAGUACAAGAACGGGGACCUGGUGUUCGCCAAGUUAAAGGGCUAUGCCCACUGGCCGGCCAGGAUCGAGCAAACAGCCGAAGCCAACCGCUACCAAGUGUUUUUCUUCGGGACCCACGAGACAGCCUUCCUGGGCCCCAAGCAUCUCUUCCCAUAUGAGGUCAAGGAGAAGUUCGGCAAACCCAACAAGAGAAGGGGCUUCAGCGAGGGGCUGUGGGAGAUCGAGAACAACCCCACCGUCCAGGCUUCCGAUUACCAGUUUGCGCAGAAGAGUGGCACUGAGGAGCUCGAGCCGGAGGCCACCGAGGGCUUUGAGGACCUGAAGAGCCUCACCGAUGGCAGCGGCGGAACCAAGCAAGGGCGGCGGGGCCUGGACCCACCAGCCUUGCAGAAGAAGGAGCGGCUGAAGAGGAGUGCGGGGGACCCACCAGAAGGCAUCCCCAAACGUCCCAGGGAGGCCAAUCCGGAAGCAGGGAAGGAGAUGGAGGAGGCCGCGGCCGCGGAGGAUGCGAGGCCACCACUCCCGGAGGCGGAGAUCAACCACGCAGUGACCCAGUGGGGACCCACUUGGGAGCCGCCGGUGGAGGAGGAGUGGGAGUGGGAGGAAGAGGCUGCUGAGAGAGAGGCUGAGGCUGCAGGCUUCGGACGCCCAGAGAGCCAGUAGUCACCAAGGUUUCAAGAAGAGCCCUCGCCCCUUCCCGCUGUGGUCUGGCUGUUACUAGGAAAACUGGUCUGGGCCUGCAAACUGGGACCGCCUCCACUGUCCCCACCCGCUCUCCUCCACCCACUCUCCCUCUCCAAGCCUGGCUCUUGGGGACUGACCAGGAUGGGACAAGCCACCAGGCCCUCACCUCUGUGCCCCUACUCCCUUAGGGUCUGAGUCAGAGCCUCUGCUCCCUGGAAUGAGACAAGACCGCCACCGUGUUCCCUCCCUGCCUGGAACUGUUUCCCAAGGCUCUGUCUAGGCAAGGGCUGGCCGUUUCUACCUCCCAGCAUCCCUCUGUCCCUUCCCUUUCGUUCUGGAGCUCUGCGUCGGAAUCAGUGGUAGAUGUGGAAGGGGUGGGGGGUAAGGAGCAGGGGACUUCUAGGGGCCUUUGAGAGGGGUAGCUCUCAAACUGUGGUGGUGUGGGUGGCAGGAGAGUGGCAUCUUCCUGAGGGCAUAGGAGUCCUCUCCUCCUAGGCCUACUUAUCAAGGGCCUAGAUGCUGAGAAAGUGGGUCGUCUUAUGGGGCAGGGCCUUCCUUUUGCUGACCCAGGGUGUUCUGGGAAUUGUAGUUUUUCAUCAGAUAAUUUGGGUGGGUGCUUCCAAGUUUGUGAGAUCAUUAGCUUUGCCCAGUUUCUUGGGUUGGAAGGUUAAGGAGCAUCUGAACCCAUUUAGAUCUUUAGGGCCAUAUGGGAUAUUCUGGGAAGACCACUGGCCACCCCUUCCCCUCUUUCCACAGCCUCAAGUCCACCCUACAUUCUUACAUAUCAAACAGGCAUAAAAGAAAUGGAUAUGUCUCCACUCUGCUCCUAGCUGUUCCAUCGCUUCCCCCGUUUGUGAAACGAACUAAGAAGUUUCCUUUCUCUUUGGAUUUUGAUGACUUUCUUUUUGUAGUUGAGGCUUUGGUGUUCCUUUGCAGUGUCAUUUCUCAUCCACGUCCUCCAACCUGGUGCCUUCAGUAUUGUCGCCAGAUCUGAUAUGUCACCCACUGAGUAGACAGAGGGAAAUGAGGGGCCCCUCUCCACCUCUUCCUAAUAGUCUCUUUAUGCCUUCCUUCGUCUUUUGUCUCUUUCACCCCACCCUUCUUCUCCUUUGGGCUCUGAUGACAAAUUGUUGACUGUAACUUUGAAAGUUUAGAUCUGAAUUCUGGGAAAUAAAGCCUGUUGAGUACUUUGAACAAAUAUCAGGUCUGUUCUUUUGGUUUCUAAAGAAUUGGCCCUGAAAUGUAA